GAUGGCUACAGCUUUAGUUUCUGCAGGACAAUCUAUAAGUAAAUUUAUCUUAUUCAAAGGUUUAGUUGGAACCUAUGUGUAACAAGAUAUAGAGACAAGAUUACAAUAAGAUGUGUAUAAAAAGUAAAUAAGAGUCAGAGAAUUCUUCACUGAUUUUGAUCGAUUAAGAAAGGGUUGGGUGACAGAAGAUAAGGUAUUAUUGUAUGAUUCAUCUUUAGUUUCGGUCUGCAUUAUCUAUGAUAAAUUUUCAUUUUACAAAGGAAGAUAUUGAGGAAAUCAUUAGAAGAUAUAAACUAAAUGAUGGUUUAGUACAAUAUACAACAUUUUGUAACAAACUUGAAGAGUAAUUUCUAAACAAUGAAGCAAAGGCUUAAGUAUUUUAAGCUCCAUAAGUAUUGAAAUUUGUUAUAUUUAGAUUUUCAAUUAAGAUGAAGAGGACACUGUAAAAAGAUUGAUGUAGGCUAUAAAAAGAAAGAUAGCAACAAAAAGAAUAUUCUUAAAAUAGCCAUUUUAAGAUUUUGAUAGAACUGCAUGUUCUCAUAUUACUAUUGAUUAAUUUUCAAGAGUAUUAAAUUAAUUAGGAUUAUUACCAAAAGACUAAUAUUUACAAUUACUUAUAAGAUAAUAUAUUGAUAAUGGAAAUCCUAAGGAAGUUAAUUAUGUAAAAUUUUGUGAUGAUGUUGACAAUGUAUAAGAAAUGUUAAGUGGAGUUAUAACCGGAAUCAAAUAGAAUCCAAAAGAUGUAAAAUAAGAAAAAUAAUUAUAUAGAUUCAUCCAGAUGAUGAUUUUAUUGAAGACAAAGAGGGAUUAGAUUUGAUUUCUACUUUAUUCACAUCAAAAAAAUUGACUGAUAAUAUUAAUACAUUACAUUAAGUAUUAAAAAAGAUCUAAGGAGAUGUUGUUAUGAAAAGAAUUAGAAUAAGAGAAUUUUUUAAAGAUUUUGAUUCUUUAAGAAAAGGAUUAGUGACUGAAUCAUAGGUAUUACAUAUAUAUAUUUGUAUUAAUUUAGUUUGCUAGAAUAUUGCAUAUAUAAAAUAUUCCUGUAUCUGAAAAAGAAAUAUCAAUUUUAUUGAAUCAAUAUAAGGUUGAUAAGAUUCCAAAUGGUUAAGUGGAUUAUAAUUAAUUUUGUGAAGAUGUUGAUAAAAUAUUUACAAUAAAAGGAAUUGAUAAAGAACCAUAAGCUUUAGUUCCUUAAAUAGAUGAUUCAACUACUUUACCUGCAAGAAGAAGAUAUUUAUAGAUGACAGAAUAGGAGGCAAUUUAAUUAGAUGAAUUACUUAUGAAAUAUAAAUAAGCUAUUCAAAAUAAGAGAGUUUUAUUAAAACCAGUAUUUGAAGAUUUUGAUAAAACUAAAUAAGGUUACAUAACAACUAAUCAAUUUUUAAGAAUUCUUAAUUAAUUUAAUUUAUUUCCAGAUCCAGUUUCAUUAAAUCUAUUAUUAAAGAGAUUUGUAGAUAAAGCAAAUUUAAAUGAAGUUAAUUACUAUGAUUUUUGUAGAAUUGUAGAUUAAUCAGAUGAAGGAGUAGCUAUAAGUAGAUCACAUGCAGAUGCAUUUAAAAAUUAUGUUAAAUCAGAUAAUUUGACUUAAGCAUUUAUUAGAAAUGAUUAACCUAAUGAUUUUGAAGAUUUAAUGGCAAAAUUGAGAAGAAUAGUCAAAGAAUAAAGAUAAAGAAUUGCAGAAUUCUUAAGAGAUUUUGAUAAAUUAAGAAGUGGAACAAUAACAGUAACAUAAUUAAGAAAAGGAUUGAGUAUGGCAAAAAUACUCUUGUCUGAUGCAGAAUUUUAAUUAAUUCUUAAUAAUUUUGGAUGUAAGGAUAAAUAAGGAUUUGUUUUAUGGAAAGAAUUUACUGAUUAAGUUGAUUAAGUAUUUACUACAAAAAAUUUGGAAAAAGUAAGUCCAUCAGAAAAUGUACCAUAAAUGUCUACUUAAUAUAAUUAUGGUAGAGUCUCAAUUACUGAAAGAGAUAGAUAAGUUGCUGAAGUUGUGAAAAAGAAAUUUUAAUAUUUUUGUAAGGCAACUAGACUAGAUAUUAAAUAAUUCUUUUAAGAUUGGGAUAAAUUAGGUAGAAAUAAAGUGUCUCCAAAAUAAUUUAGAUAAACAUUAGCUACUGUUAAUUUUAUAUUAUCAGAUGAAGAAUUUUAGGCAGUAGUUAAGAUCUAUGCUGCAGAAGAUGAUGGAGAUAUCAGAUAUGUUCAAUUUAUAAAUGACACUUAACCACCAUUGGAAAUUCAAACAGAAUCUGGAGCAUCUUAGGCUUAUGUUGGAGUUAAACCAAAAGAAAAAGAAAAAGUAUAAUCAUAAAUUUAAUUUAGUUAUAACCUUCUGUGUUAUUAGAAUAGAUUAAAGUAGCUGUUAAAGUGAAAAGACUUAGAUUGGGUGAUUAUUUUAAAGAUUUUGAUCCUUUAAGAAAAGGAUUGAUGCCUACUAAUAAAUUUAGAGGAGUUCUUAGUCAAAUGAAAAUAGAUUUAGAUUAAGAAAGUUUAGAUCUAUUAGAAACUAUGUAUGUUGUUCCUGAAGAUCCAAUUAGAGUUAAUUAUGCUAAGUUUAUAGAGGAUGUAGAAAUUGUAUUUACAAAAACAGUAAUUUAAUUUAUUAAAAAUAUAAUUAGGGAUUAGAUAAGGAUCCAUUAAUGAAACCACCUGUUCAUGUUAUUCCCACUUUUCUUGAUCCUAGAGAUGCAUUAACUCAAGAGGAAGAAGAAGCUUUACAUGCAAUUAUGUUAAGAUUGGGUGAAGUUGUUAGAAAACAUAGGAUUUUGCUUAAACCUCACUUUUAAGAUAAAGUAUAUUAUUUAUAAGUAAUAUUUUAGGAUAAAACUAAAUCAGGUAAAAUCACUUUUACUAGAUUUAGAUCUAUUAUGGAUUUUCAUAAAUUACCAUUAACUGAUGAUCAAUUCAGAGUUAUUUGCAAAAGGUUGUAUUAAUUAUUUAUAUUAUUAUUUUAGAUUUGCAUAUUAAGGCAUAGAAUUUAAUUAUGUUGAGUUUGAUGAGAUAUUAAAAAAGUAUGAGAACUUUUAUUAAUGA